AUGUAUCAGAAUGAAAUCUUACCUGGUUUGAAAGCUUUCAAUGGAGAGACAGUAGAUAUCAGAGACUUGGACAACGUACUAGGAAACAUGGGGAUUGAACUUACCAAAGAAGAACUUGAAGAGCUGACAAGAAACCUUCCAGUUGAUGCUAAAGGGGAGACCGAUUUGAAAUCAUUGAUGGAUACAGUGCAAGUUAUUACAGGAGGAGAAGUUGACUUCAAUGACCUGGAAAAUGUCCUGCAAAAUAUGGGGAUAGAGCUCACAUCUAGAGAACACUUGGAGCUAGAGAAAUUACUUCCAAUUGAUGCUAAUGGAAAAAUAUAUAAGAAUAGGUUGCUGAAUUGUGUGAAAGGGAUAAAAGAGUUGCAAGUCAAUGUUCAUGACAUUGACAGUAUACUCGGAAACAUGGCAUUCAAACUCACAGCUGAGGAACUUAAUGAUCUAACCCCAAAUCUACCAGUGAAUGGAGGGAUUAUUGAUGUCACUAAACCAGACACUGUCUUGAAAAACAUGGGGAUGAAACUCACAGAAAUGGAAAGUAAAGCUUUGAUAGAUAACUUACCUGUUGAUGGAAAAAAGGUCAAUGCCGAAGAUCUGCUGCAAAUUUUGGGAAAUAUAGGGAUCGAGCUCACUGAGAAAGAACAUAUGAAGUUGCGACAAACAAUACCAAUUGAUGGGAAGGUUGAUGUGAAAAACCUGAAGAACGUUCUAGACAACAUGGGAAUCAAGCUCACAGAUAAAGAACUUGAAGAUCUGACACAAAGCCUGCCUGUCAGUGCUGAUAAUAAAGUGGCUAUGAAAGCAUUGGAGGAUGAAGUGAAAGCUUUUACUGGAGAAAAGAUUGAUGCUGGUGAUCUACAGAAUAUUCUUAAAAACAUGGGGACCGAGCUUACAGAUGAGGAGCACAAUCAAUUGCUAAAAACAUUGCCCAUUGAUGGAGAGGAAGUUGAUGUUGAUGACUUGAAAACAAUUCUAGGAAACAUGGGGAUAGAGCUUACGGAUAAAGAACUCACAGAACUGGUAAAUAAUCUGCCAGUUGAUGAUGGAAAGGUCUAUCCGAAAAGAUUGCUGGACAGUAUAAAGUUUCUUAGAGGAGGGAAGAUUGACUCCAGCAAAGUGGACAUGGUUUUGGGAAACAUGGGCAUAAACCUCACUGAAAAAGAACUUGAAGAUCUAACACAAAACCUACCAGUUGAUGUUAAUGGUAAGGUUGAUCUGAAAAAGGUGAUGAAUGAAAUGAAAUAUUUUACGGGAGACAAAGUUGACACAAAUAAACUUAAAAGUGUUUUAGGAAACUUGGGGAUUGAGCUCAUGCCUAAUGAACACUCGAACUUGCUGAAAACAUUGCCAGUUAAUGCUGAAAAGAAAGUCAAACUAAAUAAGUUGAUUAAAGAAUUGAGUGCUGUUUUAGGAAAACAGGUAGAUGUCUGUGACCUAGAAGAUGCACUAAAAGACAUGGAAAUAGAGGUCCCAUAUGAGGACUACUUGCACUUAGUAAAAACUUUGCCGCUUGAUGCUGAAGGAAAAGUGUAUCAAAAAAGGUUACUGGAUGGUAUAAAGACUAUUAAAAGAGGAAAGGUUGAUGUAAAUAACCUGGAUAAAUUUCUGGAAAAUAUGGGGAUUGAGCUCUCAGAAAAAGAACUUGAAGAUUUUUCAAAAGACCUACCAGUUGAUGCUGAUGAGAAGAUUGAUCUGAAAAACAUGAUGCUGAGAAUAAAAGAUUUUACAGGAGAAAAGGUUGAUGCCAGAGAUCUGAAAAAUGUUCUCAGAGACAUGGGGAUAGAAGUCAAUGAUAAGGACUGCGUGGAACUGCUAAAAUUACUACCAGUUGAUGGUGAUAAGAAAGUUUUUCGGAAUAGAUUGCUAACGGGUUUGAAGUCUUUCAAAGGAGGAAAGGUUGAUAUCGGUAACCUGAAAACGAUUCUUGGGAACAUGGGGAUCAAGCUCAAAAAUAAGGAACUUCAAAGUGUGAUACAAAAUCAACCUGUUGAUGCUAAUGGAAAUGUUCCUCUGAAAAAGGUGAUGGAUGAUGUGAAAGCAAUUAUAGGCAAGUUAAAACGAGAAAAACUUAAUGUGGAAAAUCUAAAAAAUAUUCUCGAAGGCCUUGGAAUAGAAUUCACACCUAAAGAAUACUUGGAACUGGUACAAAAUUUGCAGAUUGAUGGUGAGCACUUCAAAUACUACUGGACCUUUUGA